GCUAACAACUCAGGAGGUUGGGCCACUGCUGUUUAUGCCGAGAGAUCCUCUGGGUUUAAAAAAACGCUGAGACAACAGAUGGAUAUUGAUAAUACAGAGUCAGAACUGGCCAAACUGCAGAGGCAGUUCAGGAUCAUGGAAGGAGAUCGGCUGGCCUACAGCCUUCAGGCCCGGGAGCAGAUCCGCAAACAGCAGCUGGAGAUGGACAAGCUGGGGAAGGAGCAGGAGGAGCUGCAUCGCAACCUCUGCGUAUGUAAGAGCUUGUCCCACCAACAGCAGGACAAUGAGGACACUCAGCAACUACAAGCUCUGCUGGAGCAGGGAGACAUGCUGGAGGAGGAGCUGAGAAAAGAAAAGCAGUGUCAGAAAGGCUUAAAAAGAGAGAUCUCAGACAUGGAGAUGAAGCUGUCUGAGCUGAGAAAAGGGGGGGUCAGUACCAGUGACACAAAAGGGUCGGCGGUACAGCGGACUCAGAAGGCCAUACAAACGCUGGAAUACAAACUGGACAGAGCUUUGACUCGCUUCAAUGAACAAUUGUCCAAAAACAGCCACCUGAGAGAGGAGCUGCAAAUGCUUUGCGUCGAGCGUGUCCGUUUUCAGCAGCUACACAACAGGCUGGACAAGGAGCUGCAGGAGAUCCGGAAGAAGAUUGGAGAAAUGAUCAACCUGUCCACUGCUGCUUACGAUGCCAGGGUGGAGGCUCAGUCCAAAAUGACCAUGAUGAGGGAGAAGGCAGUGAAGGACCUUGCCCAGUACAACACUGAGAUGAAGGAAUUGGAGAGAGUUAUUGCACAUGAGCAAAUCCUGAAGGACUUUAUGACCGUCAAGUGCAGCGAGAGGAGCGGGCAGGACAACGUGCCCGAGACGGGACACAGACGAUUGUCUGAGGGGAAGGAGCAGCACAGGAUGGACUUGGAUGAAGAGUCUCUGGAUGUUCUCGAGGAGGUUUUCGAGAGGAUCCAGACAGUGACAGGAGAGGACAACCUGGACAUGCUGGUCACCAGGUUCAUCCAGGGUGAAGACCGCAACUUUGCACUCUUCAAUGUUGUUAAUGAGCAAAAUAAUGAGACUGAAGCUCUGAGGGAUCAAAUCAAGCAUAUCCAAGAGGGGAUGGAGAACUUUCGAGUGAAAGGUUUGAAGCAGGAGCACGAUCACCGCUCUUUGCUGAGAGACAUCGAAGAACAGCAAAAGAAAACUGAAUCCCAAACUGACGAGUAUGAAAACCAAGCCAGCAUCAUAAGCAACACCCUGGAGAAGAGUAAAGCAGGGGUGAAAAGCACCUUCUCCACGAUGGAGUGUGACCGCUCGGUGAUCGAGGACCUGCUGGGCUCCUCCACAGGGAUCAGUGAGAACAACAUCAUGUCCUAUCUGGGUCUGUUGGAACAGAAGACUAAUGAGCUGCUCACCAUACAAGCUUUCCUCAAUUCUAAGGAUCUAGAGAAGGACUACAAUCCAAAAGACCUGGCCAAAUUCCUUCUGGGUCAAGAUCCAGAGCUGCUUCAGCAGAAUACCACUCUCCACCCUCCAGUCAGCAGUGUGGAGCAUGAUACAGAAGAGUCUCUUGUCACCCUUGAGGAAGAACGGCCCCUCUCACAGGGGGAACUCCGCAGAAGAAUAAUGGGAUACAGCAGAAACAGAGAUCAGUCAAGCAAGCAGCGACCAAAGCCUCAAAGACCAGGCAGCAGUUUGGAGAGUGACGGCGCUCUGUUGAAGAAGAACUGAUCUGACACGGCCCACGUUCAGACCAGGUAUUACCAUCCGCCCUGAGAGAUCCAAUCACAGAGGUUCCGAGUAAAGUACAUGUGGUCAGACCUGACAUUAAAAUAUGUCCUGAAUGUUUCUCUAGUGACGGGCUCUCUCAGGACAGAUGUUGACAACAGGACUGAACAGGGUCACAUUGACCUGAUCAGUGCAGCUCAUGUGGAUCCACAUUAUCUGCAUCUGAAGGGCCUGUUUUCAUUAUUUACCAUAAACAAUGGAGGCUGAAGUAUUGCAGCUUGCACACGCAAACAUUAAAAGCUUUAUUAUUUUACAUGUACUUCACCUUUUCAUGACAAAUCACUAGCAUUGCCUGCUAUAUUACACACUUAUGUGAUUUGUUUAGCCGGAGCUAAUUAGCUUUGGCGCAAUAAAAAAGCCUUUUCCAGACUCUGGUAACCAGCUGUUCUUCUGAUGUGUGACUUGCCAUCUGGCUUUGACAACAGUCUGGUCUGGCAGGGCUCGCUGCAGUGCUCAAACUGAACGGUUGGGGGCAGCAGAAGCUUUUGUAAUUCCAAUUGUCCUGAGCACUCGAUUCAGAGUUUCCAAAAAGCAGGUGAGGAACUAUUGUCAAUUCGGAUUUUGAACACUCAUUAUUUAAAAAUGGUUUCAUAUGGCAUUCUCAAUAAACCGAUUCAUUGUUUAUUUACACUACAACCACUAACACCCGUGUCUCGAUGCUCACAGAUUCUCGUAUCAUCUUCAUGUGUAGCAGCAAUAUAUUUCACACUGAGGCUUUCUUUGUGCGAGGAUGAAAAAAAAAAAACGUUGAUUCUCAGAAGUUUCAAAUGUCAUCUUCUCCAAACAUCCUGAAGUGAACCUGUGUUGGGGCAAAGAUGGCGUUCGCCGAGCGACUUCCUCUGAAAUCCAGGACGGGGAAGUUAUUUUAAGAAACAUAUUUUUACCCACUGCAGCUCAGUGAAACAAUUAACAAAGUCUCUGACUAUAUUUAGGCUUUAAUAAAAGGUCACACC